UGUAGAGGACCCCUCCGCAAGAAGCGAUUAGCUACGAGUCUUGUAGCGUUGUUUCGACUACCGGUUGUGAGACGACAAAUAUUGAAUCAACGCUUUUUUUUGUCCGCCGCUCCAUUUCAUAUCGCCAUUGGCCCAGAACAUCAAGCAUUGUCACCAUGGACGAUUCAGAGAUCACAGAAACAGACAUUUGGGCAUCGCCCUCACAGUUAGCAGCGCGACCAAGGCCAAAGAGUCCUCGAACUCCAAAGACUCCUAAGACCCCAACAUCCUCGGAUCCCGUCGAUCCGGAAGUUGCGCUGCGUCGCGAGCUAGAAGGAGUGCGCAAAGUGAAUGAGGCUGUGGAAGGGAUAAUUGCCACUCUUGAGCGAACUGGUAGCAACAUGACAACUGUAUCAAAUACUGUUGGUAGUGCCUCAACUUUGCUCAACACCUGGACCAGGAUCCUCUCCCAGACAGAACACAACCAAAGAUUACUCCUGCAUCCCAAUUGGAAAGGAGUCACGGAAGACCUGGCUGCUCAAGAAGCCGAGGCGAUCGAACGACAACAAGCGGCUGAGCGACGUGCGCUGGAGGAAGAACAACGCCGAGAAGAAAUACGCCGUCGGCGAGAUGAAGAGGAGGAGAAGCGUCGCUUAGGCGGGUCAACUUCGUUGCGCGGUCGCCGAGGAUCAAGGAUUACGCGCGGGGCAGCUGUUGCACGAGGAGUAAGAGGCAGUACACGUGCAUCGUCGACCUCGAGGAUAGGGACCGGUUCCAGUUAUCUGGCAGAUACUACAGCAUCGAGCACAACAAGUCGAAGAGGUACAUCAGGUAUUGGUAGGGGCAUUGGCUCAACCAGAAGUCGCGCGAGAGGGGCCCGGUAAUGUUUAUAAAGCUUCGUAUUCUUUACGACUUAGUAGUACAAUAUUCCUUUUUAGAUACCCAAACACGCUUACUGUUACUUCUUAGUAAAAAAGGCGCUCAACUUCUUCAUGCCCGUUGUGUUAACCUUCUCCAACUGCUUCACUCCACGGCUCUGCGUAGCCUUGCGUUUUUUCUCCUCUUCCAGCUUUCGUUUUUUCUCGGCACGUGCUUCAUCUUCUUCUUCAUCAUAGGCUCGUUUGCGGGAGUAGUCGCUCACAGAGCGAGCUGCCAUUGCUUCGGCUCGAAGCUUGUCUAGCUUCUGAAUGAAUAGAUCAAGUGGCGCAAAAUCCACAGAUGUCGCUUCUUUGACCAAAGAUGUCUGCUUCAACAUUUCAGCCAGGUGAUCAGACAAGUAUGUUGCGCAUAUGAAGUCGAAUGCGACUCGUAACCGUUGUAGUUGCACGAUUUGUGGUGAUGCGGAGGUAGAUGAGCUGACUUCGGUAUUGGCGGGGGCAUCUUCAACAACAGAUGUCGCUGCUGUUGAUACCUGUGACAUAGCGCUUACAUUGCUAUCCUCAGUAGCAAGGCUCAACUGCGAAUCGACAUUCUCGGGCUUCGGCGUAGAGGCUGUGGAAUCGGCAGCGGCGACGCUAGCAGCACCGUUUACACCCGUCAUUUCUCGUCGCUGGAAAAGCAGCGGUGCCUCAAGCGCUUUGGUAACGAAUUUUUCCUCAAUGCUGGCAGGCAAAGAACCGGAUUGUCCCAACCAUUUGGCUUUAUCCCAAAUAACACCAGCGAGCUUCUGUUCGUUGAUACGAAACAUGGAUUCGUCACCAGCGUCGACAGAGUCACAAACAGCAGCCAGUCUAUUUUCGAAACGCUUUCUUGUCCGCUCGCAUCGUAGAAGUUCUGACAAAUGCGAUGCGUCCUCGGGGAGCUUGUCAAAAUAGUCGUCACUCAAAAGGAAUAGUCGUUUCUUCUCGCCGUCCUCACGGGAGGCUUUCGGAACAAGCGCCGGAAUGAUGAGGAAUAGCGGAUCAAUAGCAGUUGCAACAAACAUUUCGGGCUCGCUUAUUGUUUGGGAGCUAACAUUGCCCUCGAUCAGCCAACUUCGCGGCGCGGUUUUCGGCGUCGCAACUUUCGUAAAUUCAUAUAUGCCGGUGUCGGGGCAGACCAAGUAUCUCGACGGCGAUCCAUUUCUAGGAUGUGGAAGAUUGGCGAUGCGCGACAUUUUCGAGGCUUUCGAUGGCAUAAUAAAUAUUUUCUGCGAGGAUCCGGUGCUGUUGGAAAGGUGGUAUUUUGAAGUUGACUUGGUAGUGUCGGCACCAGCGCUCUUGGAUGGCGCUGGCUUCGUCGAUCGUGUCCUCGUCAUAGCAGCUCUUUAAAAUAGAGAAACUUGUGCCUUUUUUCUGGUGUUCAAAUACAAUGGAUAUGUAGUAGAAGGGGUGGGAUUCAAUGGUUGGCUGUGUUAAUCUUGUCGACGCUGC